AUGGACGAUGUCGCAGCACGAAGAGAGAGAUCUCCCCCUCCGGGGAUUAUACAUAUUGAUAUAGAACUCCUGGAAAGAAUCGAGAAAAACAGGACGGUGUCCAAGAACAAAAAGAGGACUCUGAGUGAAGGCGGUUCGGCUUCGGUCACCGAACCGAUCCUUACCCUGCCGCUGGCCGCGAGAGGUACCCACUCGCGCCUUCUGCCUUCUGUGAUCUAUCGAACAUUCGUGAAAGUCAGAGUUGGACGGGACGGGACGGUCAAGUUCACUCGAGCCAACAAAGGGCAGCGGUACGGAGAAAUCAGGAAAUUGGGGGCCAGUCAACGGAGAAGGUGUAAAAAUAAAACAACUUUUACCAUCACCUUGGGCUCCAGGGAUAACCGGUAUACCCGGCUUAAUGGCAAAAAGACUGAACACAAAUUGCAGGUCGUUAUGACGCUCCGGACUUUGUUAUUCCCAUCACAGGAACUGUGUGCGAAGAAGAAUUAUCUAAUUUUAGUAUGUAACAAGGACAGAGAACGGUAUACCUCCGGCACCCCCCCACACGCCAUUAAUACAUGCAUGGGGGUCCAAGUCCACCAGGACUCGAAUCCAGAGGGGGCCCCGUCGUCAAUGAAUGUCCUGAUGCAUGUGUGA